AUGUCCGUGAGAAUCGAGCUCGACAAUCCCAGCGGCACCGGCCAUGUGUUUACCUGUCUAGACUAUGUGUCGGGGAAGGUCGUUCUGAGCAUCCCUUCCGAGGAAACAAUCUCUUCGGUUACCAUCAAACUGGAGGGAGUAUCCCGGACCCGGCUAGAACCUCCGCGUUUGGAGACUCCGGGGGAGAGAGCUCGGGACAAACGGCGGGCUGAAGUCGAGAUCCAUAAGUUCCUCUACAUCGUUGACACCGUCUUCCCCGCCGCCGCCAUCUACGCCGCCGCCAAGGAUAACACCACGGGCUUCACGUUGAAAGCAGGACAAUACUCAUACCCGUUCAGAAUCCGUAUACCGAUCAACUCGGCGUGUACCGACACCUCCGGAGGUUUGCUGCAAAAAGUGAGCUUCGAUAUUUCGAAUAGGACCGUAGACUAUGCGAAGCACUCGACGCGACAUGUCAAGGGGACUCUACCACCGAGCUUGAGCGGUAUUACUGGGGACAUCGCAUGGAUCAAGUACUUCCUGAAAGCGACGGUCAACAGACCUGCGUUCUACAAGACCAACCUGCGUCAGUACGAUCCAUUCGUCUUCCUACCUAUCGAGCCUCCUCGUCCGCCGCCAACAGGCGCGGAAGCUUUCGCCCGGAGAAAGCACGAAUUCAUCCCCGCAGAUCCUCUAUCAGCGACCAAGAAGCCCGGCGGUAUAUUCUCCUCCUUCCGCAAGCCCGAACAUGCCGCUGUCGGCCCACCAGUCCCGGUCCGCUUCACGGUGGAAGCCCGCCUUCCCUCCCCACCGAUCCUAGUCCCUAACGAGCCCAUCCCCCUUCGCAUCCUUCUCACCAAGCUCGAUGACUUCCGUGAUGUCGUCGUGAUCCGCUCCCUUCAAAUCAUGCUCCUCGCGACCACCCACAUAUCCGCGCAUGAGUUGGUGAAGGACGAAUUUACGGAGCUCUGCCUCCUCAGCGUAGCAGACCUCCGGAUACAGCUCGGCGACACAAACUCGCCGCCGAAUGUCCCGCUCGAGGUAGACGCCUCCAUGUGGCGCGGAAAGUAUCUACCUGAAACGCUGCCGCCCACUUUCACCACCUGCAACAUCAGCCGUGCCUACCAAUUGAAAAUUGAGAUUGGACUGAGUCGGCCGGAUGAACACCACGUCGAUAUACUUCCCCUCCUCUUUCCAGUUCAAAUCUACUCCGGUAUUAAGCCUCCCGCGCAACUCAUAGCCUCGGCGGCGCCUCGAGUGCCCCUUCAAUCCGCCCCACCCCGACACCCCUCGUUUCCCAACGAAAAAGCACAAGCGCAGGCCUACGGUAGCAAUCUUAAAGUCCCGCUCGCCCUUCCGACCGGCGGAAAAACCGGCUCCUUUUCGGCCAACACCUCACCGGUAUCGAGUCCUGUCACACCAUACGCUCCGCCACUGCCAAUGCGUCCACACUCUAGUGCUGGUCCUGCCACUGUUCACCAGAUCCCGAACGAUUACAAUGAGUUUGCUGAUGAUUCCGUCCCGCCGCCGACGUAUGAAGACGCUAUUGCGGACGAUAUUGCGCCGGUUGAUGGGCCGAGACGCAGGUACCAGCAGGAAGGCGCGUAUUAUCAGCCGCUGCCGGACGAUGUUAGAGAUCAUUGA